AUGGUACGCAAGAUUACUAUUACACUAGCUGUAUUUUCUGCUAUGUCAGUAUUCGCGGCAACUAUUGAUAAGAGGAUUGUUGGCGGAGAAGAUGCUAAGGAAAAUGAAUUUCCAUUUAUUGUUAGUAUUCACGAUAAUACUACUAAGCAGCUUUGUGGAGGUAGUUUAUUAGAUGAUCUUACUGUUCUUACUGCUGGUCAUUGCAUUAAACGCGCUGCAUAUGUAAAGGCAGGAACGCUGGAUAAGAAUGCACACGGAGUAGAAGCAAAUAUUUCACUUGCUAAAACAGCUCCUGGCUAUGCAUAUAUUGAAACGAAGCGUAUUCAUGACAUUGCUAUCUUAAAAUUAUCAACUCGAAUUAAGGAGAGCAACACGAUUCGCCACAUACCGCUACCAGCAGACGGCUCGGAUCCCCCAGCCAAUUCCAAUGCAACUGUCGCAGGCUGGGGAUUGCAAACCCCCUACAACUUCACCUCUUCCAAGGUUCCUCCCGGCCCUGAUAAUCUUCGCAAGGCUGUUCUUACCGUUCGCCCACGCGAGUACUGCCAAAAGUUUGAGAUAAAGCCAUUGAACCCACUUAUUCAAAAUACAUACCAAAAUCUAGUAUGUGCUGGUGGAGAUGGCCAGAAUAUAUGUGCUCGUGACAGCGGCGGCCCUCUUGUCCAGGACGGAAAGAUAAUCGGUAUCGUGGCAAGGACCCUAAGAGACACACCAGACGGCCACUUCUGCAACAAAGCUCCCUCACUCUAUACCAGAGUUAGCAACUAUAUCCCUUUUAUUACUGAAAAUCUUGGGGGGCAGACGAUUGAAGAGCUGGAGGAAUCCCUGUUUCCCGCACCCACAACUGGGCCGUCUCAAGCCAUCUCGUGCGUUGUCGGCCGUGACCCAACGCAUGGGGAUGAAUAA